GAUGCACUUUCGUUUCUUUCGUGUGGGCAAAUUCGGCGGAUAGGAGUAUGGGCCAUAGCGCCUCCAAGACCAAAGACACGUUCAACUCGAUCCGGUCGUCAGGACGCAGCCAGUUCAGUGCUAGGUCUGCCAGGUCAUCGCGGGCAUUGACGCAGAAAUCGACGCGGCAAAUAUCCAUCCGCGCGGCAGAACCAACGGAUCACGCCACCGAGUGUGAGCAAGCAUCCAAAGACAGCUCGCUUCCACUCGGCGAAAUCCCGACGUCCACGUCCCAACCGCCAUCCGAUGCUUCAUCUCCUCUUGUCCACAUCAGCUUGAACAUCAGGCGGCAUUGCAUGACCGGCCACGGAGCCUUCCGCGGCAACACGUACGAAUUCCUUCUCCGCCAACUUUUGUCCAAGACAACCGUCGCACUCGACUGCAUCCGCUCGUACGUGGGCGCAAGUGUGUCAGACAAUCCACAAAUAUUUAUCAACACCGACUACGUCGACUUUGUUUCGAAUCGAACGUGGCCGGUUCCGCUGCCGUUGUUCUCGCAAGCUCUGUGGAACGUCAUGACCAACAUGCCCAAGCACGCCGUUCGCAAGACCACGGUACAUGCAUCGCCAUUCAUAUCUUCCCCUGGUGCGCCAGCCCACGUGACUUUGGCAGGCUCUCGACACAUGGGGGGACAACCUCAGCUACGUCGAAGUCCGCAUUGAAAGCGGCCACCGGCGAAACGUGCCGGUCGUGUUCAACGUGUUGCACAUGCAGGACGCCUCGCCGGACGGCAUCACGAUGGUGUAUCGUUCCAUCAACGAAGAUGAUCAGUACCCCGUACCCCCGCAGACGGUCCACGUCGGGCUCGUUGGCUGGCGAGUGCUAAGGCCGGGCAAGAAUGGCCAGACCUGCCACGAACAAUCGUUUGUGCGGUAUCGACUGACCAAGACGGCCAGAAUCAACAGAAGUCAGUGGUUAGCGGGCGUCAUGCACAAAAACUUUCGAGUUGAGGAGACGGAACUCCGGAUGCAGCUCCAACUUGAUCUAUAGAGUCUAGCCGAAUGGGCCACACCUAUUUAUAACGAACGAAAGCCGAGUCGCCGUGGAUUUGGAGUGUCUGGGCUGGCUGAAUCGAUGACUUUCUGCGUAGAUGGCUAUCUACUGCAUUCCGUGCGUUGCAGGUACCUCAUGGCCUUUCGGAGAGCUAACAGGACACGGCAACAUGCAUCACUCUGGCGCAUUCGUUGGGUGGUACGUCGAUGAAGAACUGUGGACAACGUCUUGGACCUGUGUACAUUGUCACUGUCCCUUCAACGGACCCUCCAUUAGGCAUAAAAGGAAGCACGAUUCCAAUAUUUGUCGCGAUGGGCAAUCUCGACCGAUGUUCAUCGCCGGCGAAACUCUUCUUCUUGGAGCCGUCGUGCAUACUCUUCGUCAGACUCGGUCGACGGUGUCGAGUUGGUCGCGCGCCCAGAUGCGUACGUGUACGCAGGUCGGCGGGUUCCACCAGGAAUGGUCGUUGCUCUCGUCGGGACGGCGGACAAUCCGUAGAGGUAGAGAUAGCCUUUGAGCCGACAAAAUCAGACUAAAGAUCACGGG